AUGAAUGUGGGCAUACCCACCAAUCGGCGGUCAGCGCAGGCUGGGCAAAAUGCCGGCAUUGCGCGCCCCAGAUCACCUGAGACUAAGACUGGUGCCAACAGAGCUCGGUCCCCAGCUUUGGGAAAAUCUUCCGCACCAAACCCUAGUGGCUUGAAUGGUCCAGCGGCAAGACCCUCGAUGACUCCAGGAGGGCCGUUGGGUUCUGGAUCUCUGAGCAAGGGUUCGCAGCCCACCGUUCGUCGAGUGACAUCUUCGACAGUUGAAGAGAUCCGUCGCAUUGAUGCGAACAGAGAGCAGAGAAGACGGCAGGCAGAGGAGGUGCGCCGGAGCCGGCAAGAAGAGGCGGCUCUUUUGGGUGCCCAAUGUGGAGGCCAUGUGCCCGAUAUAGAUUUCCAUCGGAUGAUUCAAAAUUACCGUCUGAGUCAGCAGUGCCCUCAACCUACACGCUUCGAGCCUCUGGAUCCUGGUGCCCCUGAAGGUGUCAUUGUGUGCGUUCGGAAGCGGCCGAUCAUGCAGCAUGAAGUGACAAAUUCGGAAUUGGAUUGCGUCACCGCUUGCAAUCCGUGUGCAGUGGUCCAUGAGACGAAGCUCAAGGUGGAUGGCAUCACAAAGUGCCUUGAGUCCCAUCAGUUCGAAUUCGAUAGAGUCUUUGAUGAAGAGUGCACAACUGAAGAUGUGUACACAACAGUGGCCUCUCCAAUUGUGCCGUGGGUGUUGGCAAAAGGUGGUCGUGCAACAUUGUUCGCAUACGGCCAGACUGGGUCAGGCAAAACCUUCACCAUGACUGGCAUUCAGCGUUUGCUAACCGAGCAACUCUUCGAGCACGUUAAGCGUGCUUCAAGCUUAGACUUGACCAUCUCGAUUUCUUUCUUUGAGAUCUAUGGUGGGAGGCCGUUUGACUUGCUCAACAACCGGCAACGCCUGGAGACCUUGGAGGAUGCAAACAAUGAGGUGCAAAUUGCAGGUCUCGUUGAGCGUGGCACUUCGAACCCACAAGAGAUGCAGCAGUGCAUCGAUUUGGGCAAUUCCCUUCGAACUACCCAGGGCACAGCCAUCAACCGAGAUUCAUCUCGUUCCCACGCAAUUUGCGUGGUGUUUCUUCGGAAGGCAGGUGGUGGAAGUAUUCAUGGCAAAGUCACAUUGGUUGACUUGGCUGGUUCUGAGCGAGCAGCCGAUUCCAAAUCGAGCAUCCGCCAGAGGCGAGUGGAAGGGGCACAGAUCAACAAGUCACUGCUGGCUCUGAAAGAGUGUAUUCGUGCCAUGGGCGAUCGGCGGGAAGCACAUGUACCUUUCAGAGCUUCCAAGCUGACACUGGUUUUGCGAGACGCUUUCAUAUCCCGCUGCCCAGCCAAGACUGUCAUGAUAGCUUGCAUAUCACCUGGCAUGGCAUCCGCCGACCACAGUGUGAAUACGCUGCGCUACAGCGAUCGGCUGAAGGAGCAUCCGCGCAGCGGAAAGGCAGUGGAGGAUGGGGACUCAGCAGCAGGCCGGCGCUUGUCUACAGGCAUUCGCAACCAAAGUCCUGACCGUAAGUUGCAAGGCAAUCGUCGCAGCCCGUCGCCUAACAAGCUUGAGCGCCCAGCCAUGGCCGGCAUCAGGCAGAGACCCAACAGCGGUACAGUUCCUGAUUUGGCCAAGGAUGAGACUCUAGAUUUGCACUCUGAAGAAGAGCUCUUAGAUGAAGACCUCGAGGAGUACGAGGACAAGAAUGCAGCUCCACAUUGUCAACAAGCAGGCUUUCAAGCACCCGCAGCACCGCCAGCGGCACCACAGGCUUGGGCAGAGUCCCGGCUUUGGGAAGACCGAAUUGUCACACAGCAUAUGCAUGCGUUGCAGGAGGAUGCUCGACUUCUAACAAAGGAGAGUGAGCUGCUGUCACAGGUUCAGCAAGGAGCUGCCUACGACCUUGAGUGGUAUGCCCUCGAGGUUGAUAAGAUUGUUAGAAGAAAGGUGGAAGUUUACAUGAAUCUCAUGGAGGACUUGGCCGCUUUCAAGGCACAGAUCAAGCGCGAUGAGGCGCACCAUGCCUGUGGCCAAGGUGUGGGAACUAGACGGCUGAGCAGGGCGGAAGGCCCGCAGCCAGCACCAUCCACGCUGAAUGUCCCUCAGACAUCGCCGCGGUUGCAUGCAGCCAUGGAUGGCAACCCGUGCAAUCCGCAGCGCACACCCCGGACGCCGCGCCUGCAUGCCGGUGAGUUGCCUACUGAUGUACGAUGA